AAUCUGACGUCUGCCACUCCAGAAGACAUAAGAUUGUUUUUGAUUGACCGUGAUAUGAAAGGGAAAACGAAAAUACAUGAUUUAUGUUGUCCAUUUUUAGGAGACAAGAAAUUUAAGGAUUGUUCUUGUCCUUCGGGAGAUAGGGCCAGUGAUUUAGGCAAGUGUUUAGCGCAAGAGGUGAAAAGGUUGACAGAUUCUGAGGCUCUUUUAUUUCGUCAUACAGUAGGCAAAACUUUAGGGAAUGGCAAAAUCAAUGAGUUUGUGAUUUCACCAGUCUCCGAUAAGUUGAUUUGUCCUGUUGAAAAUUUAAAUCAGUAUGUUUCUGGAGCAGAAGAAAUGGAUAUCGAUUUAUCAAAUGGGAAACUUAAAUGUGAGAUAUUUACGGAUAGCUUACACCAUUUGUUUAAAUCACUUUGA